GCCGCCGCCUCUGCACUGGGUUACAUAGAUGCUUCCGUUUCUGCCAUUCCCCACUUUGCUCACUCCUUCAUCUGGAUGGGAAGUUGGGGAAAAUGGACAGGGUCGUGCUGGCGUGGAUUGCUUUUUUCUGGCUAACAGCUGUGGCUGAAGGCCUUCAGGUCACAGUGCCCGACAAGAAGAAGGUGGCCAUGCUCUUCCAGCCCGCUGUGCUUCGCUGCCACUUCUCCACGUCCUCCCAUCAGCCUGCAGUCGUGCAGUGGAAGUUCAAGUCCUACUGCCAGGAUCGCAUGGGAGAAUCCUUGGGCAUGUCCUCUCCCCGGGCACAGUCUCUCAGCAAAAGAAACCUGGAAUGGGAUCCCUACUUGGAUUGUUUAGACAGCAGGAGGACUGUUCGAGUGGUAGCUUCAAAACAGGGCUCAACCGUCACCCUGGGAGAUUUCUACAGGGGCAGGGAGAUCACGAUUGUUCAUGACGCAGAUCUUCAAAUUGGGAAACUCGUGUGGGGAGACAGCGGACUCUACUACUGUGUUGUCACUACCCCUGAUGACCUGGAGGGCAAAAACGAGGGCUCGGUGGAACUGCUGGUGCUGGGCAGGACAGGGCUGCUUGCUGAUCUCUUGCCCAGUUUUGCUGUGGAGAUUAUGCCAGAGUGGGUGUUUGUUGGCCUGGUGAUCCUGGGAGUCUUCCUCUUCUUCGUCCUGGUGGGGAUCUGCUGGUGCCAGUGCUGCCCUCAUAGCUGCUGUUGCUACAUCCGCUGCCCAUGUUGCCCAGAUUCCUGCUGCUGCCCUCAGGCCUUGUAUGAAGCAGGGAAAGCAGCAAAGGCUGGGUACCCUCCCUCUGUUUCCGGUGUCCCCGGCCCUUACUCCAUCCCCUCUGUCCCCCUGGGAGGAGCCCCUUCAUCUGGCAUGCUGAUGGACAAGCCGCAUCCACCUCCCCUGGCACCAAGUGACUCCACUGGAGGAAGCCACAGUGUUCGCAAAGGUUACCGGAUCCAAGCUGACAAAGAGAGAGACUCCAUGAAGGUCCUGUACUAUGUCGAGAAGGAGCUGGCUCAGUUUGAUCCAGCCCGAAGGAUGAGAGGCAGAUAUAACAACACCAUCUCAGAACUCAGCUCCCUGCAUGAGGACGACAGCAAUUUCCGCCAGUCUUACCAUCAGAUGCGAAGCAAGCAGUUCCCUGUGUCCGGGGACUUGGAAAGCAAUCCUGACUACUGGCCAGGUGUCAUGGGAGGCAGCAGUGGGGCAAGCCGGGGGCCCUCAGCCAUGGAGUAUAACAAAGAGGAUCACGAGAGCUUCAGGCACAGCCAGCAGCGCUCCAAAUCCGAGAUGCUGGCCCGGAAGAACUUCGCCGCCGGCGUGCCGGCCGUCUCCAUGGACGAGCUGGCGGCCUUCGCCGACUCCUACGGCCAGCGGGCCCGCCGGGCCGAGGGCAACAGCCACGAGGCCCGGGGCGGGGGCCGCUUCGAGCGCUCGGAGGCGCGGGCGCCCGGGGGCUUCUACCAGGACGGCUCGCUGGAGAAGUACUACGGGCCGCGGAGCCGCAGCACGCCGUCCAAGCGGAGCGCGCAGCUCGGCCCGCGCAGCGCCUCCUACUACGCCUGGUCGCCCACCGCCACCUACGAGGCGGGCGCGCCGCGGGCCGACGAGGAGGACGCGCCCGACGACGCGCUGCCGCCCUACAGCGAGCGCGAGCUGAGCCGGGGCCCGUCCUACCGCAGCCGCGAUCUGCCCUACCACAGCAACUCGGAGAAGAGGAGGAAGGAGCCCGCCAAGAAAACCAGUGAUUUUCCAACCAGGAUGUCCCUUGUGGUCUGAUAUUUGUUUUGAAGACAUCUCUCUGGAUGACUAGAAAUCAGAAGCAGACUACGGGGACAAGACACAAAUCCACGAGCCAGCAGGCCUGGGACUUUCUCUGGCCACCAUCUUGGGAGAUCUGCCAGUCUUUGCUUUGGUAAGGGAUGAGGGGCAGCCUUUAAGGGAGGCUGAUUCCAAACCUCAGUGCCCAUCUAACUAGUUUGAGAAACUUAUCAAGAAAACAGCUACAUGUGAGAACAUUGCCACACACGGAAUUUCUCACCCACAGAGUUCAUCCUGCCCAGUCUCCUUCCCUAGCUGAACUAGGAUUCCUUUUCCAAUUCUUAAAGGGAGUUAGCUCUGGACUGCUAAUCUCCAGAAGAUGCCUAUGCCUACAGUAUGCUUUUCUGUACCUCCCAUCCUGUGCUUAGGGACAGAAGAAUUUAUUACUACUAUUAGCAGAAGGCCUUCUACUGACAACAGAAGAUAACAUCAGGCAAAAUAUAGUUUUUAUCCCCACCAUCUCCCAGUCACUAGUCAAUGACUGUUGUUACACUAAAAUCAGAAGGCCUUUGGUGAACUCAGUGACAGUGACCUGCUGAACAAUCACAGAAAUGACUUCAAUUUGCUGUUCUGAUUGACAGUUCUUGAAUGGCUGGAACAAAACAAAAGAGAGUAUACCUUUUUGAAAAGCCAAGUGGUGUUUCUUUUUCCAUUCUGAGAACAUAAACUGCUUUUUCUCUUUCUGCUGUACACGGUGAUGUCUGAGUCUUGGAGACUAAGGGCUCUCCUCGUCCUCCCCCUCCUGGGCUUUUCACAGCUUGGUGCCACACAGAGAGCCCCCCCUCCCCCUGCACUCUGAUUAGGUUGUCAUCAGGUGCCUUUUGAUAAAUGCUUAAAAUACACAUGAAAGAAAAGAGAGAGAAAAAGAGGAGAAAGCAGUAAUGCAGAAGAAUGAAAUAGAGAAUGAAAAAGAAUUUAAGAGGAAAAGAAUAUAUGGUCUCAUUGUAUUUCGAAUGUGGCCCGUUUUCCCCACAAACUCCACCUGAUCUUCUCUGGUUUUGAACUUCAUUUACCAUGACUUGUUUCUGCCCUCCCAGCCCUGCCAUUUCAGGACACCGGAGAUGUGGAGCAUGCAUCUCUUGGCCUCACCAGGCUGCCACUCUAGAUGCUUUUGAGAGAUGAGAGGUAUUGCUUCCUCAGGAAGGAGCACUUCCUAGUCGCACUCUUGCCUAAAUGAUAGAUUUUGCCUAAAUCCCAAAACUAGAUCUCUCUGGAUUUUGUAAUUUGUAUAGAUUGCAAAAAAUGGCCACAAACUCUUCCCUUCUCAUCAAGAGGUACGGUCUGUUUCUCCACCCUUGAACUUGGGAUUGGUGGUGUGAUUUGAUUUGGCCAGUGGCCCAAUAACAAAUGUGACACAAGCAGAGACUUGAAAAAUUCUUGUGUAUGGGGCUUGUCCUCUGUUGCUGCUCUUGGGAAUCUUGCAGUCACUACCAGGUGAACGAGCCUGGGCUGUCCUGCUGCAUGAUGAGAGAAAAGGGCCUAGUCACCCCUGUCGCCCUAUCUGACAGCCUGUCAACUCUCAGCUGAUGCAAACAUAGAAGCGAGCCCAUCCAAGACCAACAGAAGAACUGCCUAGCUGAACCCAGCCCAAAUUGCUGAUUCCAACUCAAGGUGUGAAAAGUUGGUAUACUCCUUAAAUGUUCAUUUCUCUUCAAGGAAAAACUGACUUUUUCUUCUUCUCUGAAUGUUCAGCUCUGAAUCUCUGACUCCAUCUUACCUUAGGUCUCUCACAGUCACUACUUUGUCAAAGCUUUUCACCCCACACUUUGGUCAAAUCACUGGAGGACAAGGAUGUUUGGCCUCGCUAACCCCCCACUCCCAGUAGUGGUCCGUUCUCUGUCUAUAUAUCCAUGGACAACCUCUGAAGAAGGUUUCUUCUUCAGCAUCUCCUUGGUCUUCUCCAGAGCCACCUGACUGGAGCUAGGCCCUGUUCUCAGAGUAUCAUUCCACUGGUAUCCGUUUACUUUAUGGCAUUCUAGAACAAUCCUACGUGUGCAAUGAAAUAAGAGGCUGGGUGAGGGUCAGAGGGAUGAGUUGAUAUCAUUGCCUGGAGGAGAAUUGACUGACCCGAGGACUUCACAGUGGCUUUGGCCUGUCCGAGAGGAACCCGAGGACAGUUCAGCCCAGUGCUGGCACUUCCAAGGGCUGGAAGACACAAGCCAUAACCCUGGUGCUGAGUUUUAGACUUGCUGGUGUCCCUGGCCUCUGAAAGCCUAAGUCUAUUCUGCCUGUUUGGGCCCCAAUUCAGAUGGAAAAGAUGAUUAAAACAUCAUUUCUUAGUCACCAGCUUUGGGUUUCAACUUGCUCAGGCAAUUUUGGAGAAUAUUGGGUAGCUGCAGUAGCUAUUUUCUCUUUAUACUGAGCACUGUGUCAGGCUUCUCACCACCAAAGAGCCCCAUAGCACCAGCUGCAGAGACCACAAACAUUGCUUUUAUUAGCCGGGGGCAUGUAUGAUUUUGGUGAAGGUUGAGGGGAGCAAUGGGAAAGAAUUAUUAAAAUUGGAAACCUGCAAUUCUAAAGACAACGAAACUACAGACAGACGGUAAAAAAUGCAAAGAAAAUAACAGGCUACUGAAAUAACCUGGGGAGAUGGGACCAAGUUGUCCUCCGUGGGGCUGCAUAAAUCACUCAGACUUCCAGAGAGAGAAAGCAGUUGUUUCUGGGGAGGUGGACAGGAGAUAAGGCUGGACAAGUACAGGCAAAGCUGUCCAUCCUCAGCAUCUCAGCUCUUCUCUUCACGACCUUUUCUUUCUUCUCCCCUGAAUAGUGUACCCUGCGUAGGAAGAGCUUGUACAUGUCAGCUUCCUUCCUAGGUUUUAUUGGGGUACAAAAUAAGUCUCGUGUAACACAUGGUCUCUGUCCAUGGGACCCUGCAAUUGAAUUGGGGAAAUAAGACAUGCCCAGGAAAGAAUUAGGAGAUUUUAUGCAUAUAAUAUGAAAUAUUGCUAUGGAUAAAUUAAAAAAACCCAGAGAAUUGAAGUUUUUUUAAUUUAAAUGGGUAUAUUUUGAUAUUUGUGUUGUGUGUGUUUGUCCAUCCAUCCUAUUUAAAGAUGUGCUCAGUAAUCUGAAAAGCCAGUAUUAAAAAAUCUGAACUGAAAGAGGUGAGUUCGGAUGAGGAGGGGUGGGAGGCAGAGGGCCCAGCGGGAUGAUGCAUGAGCUGCUGUGUUUGUGAGUCACAGCUGAGUCAGGGACGUGUUGGGUGAGGGGGUGUGGACGCAGGUGGCAGGAGGGGUCCCCUGGUAGAUGAACUGCUUCUCUAGGCCAUGCAUUGACUCAUUAGGAAGCUGGGGACACUUGCCAUGGACCUGGUGGUUUGUGUCAGCUGUUCCGCCCCAGUGUGCUCCCAGGAGAGCUCUGCGUCAGCCCCUCCAGGGGCUCAGUUCUGCAGCCGUAAGUGUGGCUGCCCUCCUCACUAACACAGGAAAAGUCUGGCGGAGAUGAUGGCCCCUCAUCUCCCUUCUCGUGAGCCUCACUCUGCACCUGGCACAGGACCGUGCAAACCAGGGGUGGGAAGCGGCUGCCACUCUGGCCCAAGGCACUCUUUGCUAAAAACACCAAGCCACAUCUGUAAAUAUUUCUAAAUGGUCUGAAAGACUUCAUACAGGUAAUCUGAUUAGACCUUAGGCAGCCUUGGAGAGAGACUGCAGUCACAGAUAUUGUUGUAAUCCACUCCCCCCAUCUCCUUUAUAGAUGGAGAAAUGAACUAUCGCUGCCAUUAGUGAAGUCACAGACCUAAUUAGGUCAUUACUCCAAGCCUACACAUCUUUUCUGCUGGAUUGAUGUUUCCCCAAAUUGCCUAACUGUGUGAAUUACUUGAUUGCUGUGAAAAAUGUAUUGUUGGGCCCUGCCUUGGGGAUGGAUUGGGUGGGUGUGGAGCUAGGAUUUGUACUUUUGACAUGUAUUUCAGGAGAUUCCUGUGAUCAGAUGCAUUUGGGAAAUGCUGUACUAGGUCAUACCCAUGGUGUACCCCAAACAAUUGGUCCUGAGGCUUCCUUGGGCUUUGAAAUUUUUUCUUCAAAUGUCCUGGUGAGGUUCCUCUUACUCCCUUGGGGCUGGCAGGGAUGAAGCACCCAGCAGUCUGGCUGUGAUGGUGGUGACUGGCUCACCAGGGCCCAGGGGCAGGAGAACUGUGUGAGAAAGGAGAGCUAGGAGCACUCCCCAGGAGCCUGUUCUAGAUGUUUCCAAUCCUGGAUUAGUGAUCUGUUGUGACAAUCUCAGAUCUGACAACAAGAAUUACAGGUAAUUUUCUCAUUCCCUUGAUGCCAUUCUGAGCAAAACUUAGAUCAUGAAUAGAAAGAAAAGAGACGGUUGGGGAAAUGGCAAAAAUAAAUCACUUUUUGAAGCAUUCAAAUUAUCAGUUUGGCUGGUCAACAGCCACUUCCACCUCAAGACCCAAAGUGGGGUGGGCAAGAAUAAUAAAGUCUACAUUAUGUAUUCUUCCAACGUCAGAUUUAAAUGCUGCCAGAAUCUUACAGGAGUUUGAAACUGGUUUAUAGGAUGUAGAGAUCCAAAUUCACCAAAAUAGGGGCCCAGGGUCUUAAAGUCCUAGCAGAAAAAAGUGCCUAGUUUUUUUUCUGCCGGGAUCCUACAUCCUAGUCGCCUGGGCAGCUGGUCAGUGAAGCUCGAAGCACGGGGCUUUAACAUCUGAGUGGAGUGAGGGUAACGUGGAGCAGCUUUAAGCAGCAGCCUGAGCUUCAGCACUGCCCGAGGGUGAUGC